GGCACCUUUGCCUCGGAGGUGAAGGUGGAGGAUAAGAAGUUAACGGUAACCCGGGAAGUGGAUGGGGGUUUGGAGACAGUUUCACUCAAGUUGCCGGCUGUUGUAACCUCUGACCUACGGUUGAAUGAGCCUCGCUAUGCCACUCUGCCAAACAUCAUGAAAGCAAAGAAGAAGAAGAUUGCUCGGACGAGUGCGCAGGAGCUGGGGGUGAACACCUCGAGCAAGCUGCAGACCCUGAGCGUGGAAGACCCUCCGCAGCGGACGGCCGGGGUCAAGGUGGAGAGUGCGGAACAGCUGGUCGCUAAACUCCAGGAAAUUGGCUGCAUCUGACGGUUCAGAGGGUUACCCAUUGCCAGGACCUCUGUGUCAUCCUCAUCACCUAAUCUCGUCUCUCGAAUGGCAGUUCUUUUUAAGGAAAUGAUUGCCCAGCACCAGACGGCCUUUUAGAGCUGCCUCCUAAUUCGUUCUGAGUAGAAAAUUAUCAGAGCAGGUUAAUAAACAGUUUCUAUAAUCACCUCA